AUACAAAUUGGAGAAGGAACGGCGGUGAUGAUACCCUGUAAUCUAGCGAGAAUGAUGGGUUUUGACGGGGAAUGUCAUCUUACAGAAUCUACGUUAAGCCCUCUGCCGAUGGACGUUCACAUGUUCUUUCACACAUUUUAUAUUUAUUCCGAUAUUGUGCAACAUCAAUAUGUAGGGGAUGCAUGUGUACCUCUUUUGAGAACCGUGGCUGUCAUUCCAAACAAAGAGUCGGAUAACAUCAUUUGCACUUACGAUUCCCCUCAUUACGUUCCUUUAAACCUGUAUCAAUUUGAAACUAUAGAUAUUAUAUUAACGAAUGAAACUGGUGAAGUCGUGCCAUUUGAAAGAGGGAAGGUGAUCGUGAAGCUUCAUUUUAGGGAACGUGUGUCCUCUUUGUGAAAACGAUUGAUUUGAUAAAACUGUAAUGGUAUAUCAUCGUGAACAACCCUCCAUGUUAAAAAAUAAAAUGCAUAUUUAUCAACGCCAAAUAGGCUAUGGUAUUCCAGUUUUUAAAGGAGCUGUCAUGCAACGAGGACAUGGGUUGGGCAGUUUGGUAAAGGGUUUAUUUAGAUCGGCUGCCCCACUUUUAAAAAGGGGGGCUGUGGCACUGGGUAAGGAGGCAAUGAGUACAGGACUGAACAUCGUUCAAGAUACCCUCAACGGUGAAAAUAUAAAAAAGGCGACCAAGAAGAAUAUGACGAAAGCCGGGAAGCGACUGGCAUCCAAAACAAUGGGCAGGAUCAAGACGACACUAGGGAGAACGCAGACAGGAGGGAAUCGUAGGUUGAUCUUCAGAGAAGUUAAAAGAAAGAAGCAAGCAAGGAAAAGGACCAUUCGGUCUAAACACCCUCCAGCGAAAAGACGUCGUGUACCGGACAUCUUUGAUCCUUAAUUCAUUCUCUCAUCUACUUAUAACAGCAUUUCUAUAAUGGCUAAACUACACGACAAGAGUGAUGCCUGCUGUAAAUCCGAAUUGGAUCUUUUUACCAUCCCCAGUACUCAAAUGAGUAUUCUAAAAGGACCUUGGGUCGAAUAUCAUCCUGUCAGUACCAUCACAGAUGCAGCUCCUAUUGAAUUCAACGUAGGCGGAACUGCGGAAGAAUAUGUCGAUCUUUCUCAAACCAUGAUUCAAGUGACAGCCAAAAUCGUCAACCCAGACAAUUCACCUCUCGGUGCAGAUGCGCAGGUUGGACCCGUGAAUUUAUUUUUACCAUCGCUUUUCAGUCAGGUAGAUGUAAUGCUCAAUGAAAAAUUGGUGUCACAACCUUCGAACACCUACCCUUAUCGAGCCUUAUUGGAAACCCUGCUGCAUUACGGAGGUGAGACAAAAACAUCCCAGCUUACUCAACAAUUGUACUACAAAGACGAGGCGGGUAAAAUGGACAUCGUCAAUCCUUUAGAUGGGGAAACAAACAAGGGACUAAAAAAACGACAUAGCUUUAUAGCUGGAAGUAAAAUCAUCUCUAUGAUAGGACCAGUAUACGCCGAUCUGUUCUUUCAGGAAAGGCUUUUACUCCCUGGAGUAGAUUUGAAACUCAAAUUCAACCGCAGCAAAGACUCGUUCUGUCUUCUAUCAUCCGACGUCAACCCAAAAUACAAAGUGAUCAUCGAUAAGGCUGCCCUCUACGUCAGGAGAGUGAAAGUCAACCCAUCGGUGAUGAUCUCACACGCUAAAACACUGGAAAAAUCAACCGCAAAGUAUCCCGUGAACAAAGUAGAUGUUCGUUCCUUUUCGAUUCCUGCUGGUAACAUGUCAGUGAGCAAGGAUAAUCUAUUUCUUGGUCAACUCCCCAACCGAAUCAUCGUCGGUUUCGUAGACAACGAUGCUUACAAUGGAACCUACACCAAAAAUCCUUAUAACUUCAAACAUCUUCAUCUCAACUUCAUUGGGGUUACUAUCGAUGGAGAAACAAUACCUAUGAGACCUAUACGUCCCAGUUAUACGGAAGGACCCGGGCAGAAUUUCAUACACGCUUACAAUUCUCUCUUUAUGGGUUGUGGGCGUAUGUUUACGGAUAAAGGAUUGGACAUUGACAGAGAAGACUAUUCGAAGGGAUACACGCUGUACGCCUUUGACCUGACUCCCGAUCUAUCGGAUGGAUGUCACCUUAACCUCGUUAAACAAGGCAACCUACGACUCGAACUCCAGUUUGAUACACCUUUGACAAAGACUGUAAACUGUAUCGUCUUAUCCGAAGCACAAGGGCUCAUUCAGAUUGACCGAAGCAGGAACAUCAUCCACGACCAUCAAGGAUAAAUCGACUUGCGAUCAAUUUAUUCAAUAAAAUGGAUACCCAUCAGAUCGACCAUGUAUUGAAACAUCAUCCUUUUACGCGACCGUAUUACAGAGGAACGUGUGCAUUGGACCAAUUACCCCGGGAGAUUGACAGGGAGAGACAAUGCUACGUUGUGAAUACAGACCCAAGCACUAAAGCGGGUUCCCACUGGACUGCUUUCUUUUUUGAAGGGGGUUUGGGGGAAUUUUUUGACUCUUAUGGGAACGAGCCUUCUUUUUACAGUCCUAAAUUUAAUGAUUUUCUUCAAAGGAACUCUGUGUCAUGGGUUUAUAAUAACAAACGAGUGCAAGGGACAAGUUCUACAGUCUGUGGACAAUAUUGCAUAUUUUAUAUCAUAAAACGAUGUCAGGGCCAGACACUUAACCGUGUACUUAGGGUAUUUGGUAAAGAUUAUAGACAUAAUGAUAAAACAAUCAAUGAUUGGUGUAAUCGACGUUUUGGUUCUUCGUUACCCUUACAAGAUCUUUCUUUUGUUUUAAGACAAGUGGCUCAAAGUUUGACUAUUUAAUCGUCUUUAUAUUGAUAAAAACUAUAGUUAUCUUGACUUUUCUUAAAAGUGUCACCAUUUUCUACUUUUUGUAAAAUUACAUAUUUACAGCUGACCCCCACUAUUCGUCUUCAUCUUUGCUUUAAAUUAUUUUAGUCGUCCACCCAAAGAUCUGUGUUAUUAUUAUUAUUAUCCGAUGUAUUAAGCGCUAUAUAAAUGCGGAAUAUUAUUAUUAUUAUUCAUAUUUUUCUUUCUAGGUGUUUAUCAUUUUGUCUUAUCUCUGACACCCUUAUUGUGGGUUGGUUGUUAUCCCAUGGACUCUCUUCUCUUUCACCCUCUUUAACAUUCGAUGCUCUCCUUUUUUUCACUUUGGUAUAAAUCUUUAUCCUCUUGCACCGUUAAAUACUAUUCAUCCUUAUCUUAUUCCGUUAUACAUUGUUGUUAGUCCGGUUACUAAUAAUCUCUUAUUCAAUGUCUUCUCGCUAUGUUCGAUCAAUACCCACGCGUGUACUUUAUCUUAAUCUCACGUAUUAUUUUCUCCUUUUUUCGUAUUGCUCCUUUCUCGGAUUCACAUCUACCGUACAACUUCUUUACAAAAUUCCACUCCUUUGACCGUCCUUUUCUUACUUUCUUACUUUAGCAUUAAUCUACCAUGUAACGGUUUUCUUUUAUUCAUUUUCUCUCGUACACUCUAUACUGUACAGGUAUAUGGGAAUGAUGGAAGAUUAAAUACAACAUGAGAAGAAAGAUAUUCAAUGUAACAAGUUGUGUCAGUGUUUUAAUCUUAUUAAAUAAAGCAUCGUUUGACAAUG